GUCAAAAUAAAAAUAGUUUUUAUCAAAGCGUUUCCUCUAGAAAUUUAAUCAUCCUUAUAAUGAAAAACCUGUUUAAUUGAAAUCCAAAAAUAUACAUAAAUAAUGGAUGUACUUGAUCUCAGAUCAUUCAAUCGUCUCUCUUUGCUUGCUUAAUCGAGAGAGAGAGAUGACAAGAAGAGACGAAUCAAUCACAGAGCUACGAUGCUCAUCUAUUCACUCGCAUCAUCCGGCGAGGCCACCGUUGAUACUGCCGGCGAGGUUAGAUCCUGGGUGUCGCCAUCGUCGAUGUGGAGCUCCGAGUAUCAAUACUUGGUUAAAACUACACCUGAUGAGAGAGUGCAAGUGCGAGGGCCAAAUUGCUUUAGGGUGGCUAGGAUCUGGAGUGUGAUCUUAAGGCCAUCAGGCUCCGGUCAUCUCAUUUUUUCUUUGUUGCUUGCCAUGUCAUAUGAGGAUACUUGCGCUAAGCAAGUCGAUAAACAAUCUAAACACAAGAAAGUCCGUUUUUCCAUGCAAUGCCCUUACUCGGUAACUAUACCAACGGUGAAUCAAGACCUUGGAAGCAUCACAUUGGUCCUUGAUAUAGAAGAUUCUUGUGUUAUGAUGAUUGAUGAUUACCUCAUCUAUUGCCACUGCAAGUCGGAGAUGUAUUAG